CUGUCUAAAUAAUAGCUUGGGGCUACUGUGAAGCACUGUAGCUGACUACUUCUCUAAACGCGAUUUUGACAUGAGUUCAUUAAAAGGAAGGAUAAUUACUGUUGUCGGAAGGUGAGAGAACUUGUUUAAUGGGCUCAUCGGCCGUUCCUGGGCCAUGGUGUUCCUGAGUGGAGGAUACAAGGUCAAGAUAUAAGACAACAAAGCAGGGCAAGCCUCGGCGGCCAUCGCAGAGAUCAAGAAACAGCUUGAGGAGCUUCAGCAGGCCAGUAUGCUGAGAGGAAAUCUCAACGCUGCAGAGCAGCUGAGUCUGCUCAGCAGUCAUGAUGACCUGCAGCAAGCUCUAGAGGGAGCCUUUUUUGUCCAGGAGUGUGUGUUUGAGGAUCUGGAAGCCAAGCAGACAGUCUUUCAAGAGGUGGAGAAUCUUGUCACAGAAAACGUGAUUCUCAGUAGUUCCACUUCCUGCCUGAUGCCAAGCAACGUGUUUUCUCGGGUCCAGAACCAAACUCGAUGUAUUAUAUCUCAUCCGGUAAACCCGCCAUACUAUGUGCGUCUGGUUGAGCUGGUGCCACACCCGAAAACACUUGAUACUGUCAUGGAUGCCGCUUAUUCACUGAUGACCGAUGUUGGUCAAGCACCUGUGCGUCUCAGGAAGGAGAUUGACGGUUUUGCGUUGAACCGGGUUCAGUAUGCAAUCAUAGCAGAGUCCUGGAGGCUGGUUCAGGAUGGUGUGAUCUCAGUGGAGGACAUUGAUCUGGUGAUGUCAGAGGGCCUAGGCAUGCGCUACGCUUUCAUAGGCCCCAUUGAAACCAUGCAUCUCAACGCACCAGAAGGCAAGCUACGUCUUAAAGGUAUAGAAGACUAUCUCCAGCGCUACAGUGAGGGUAUCAAAAGGGUUCUUAAUACUUUUGGACCUGUUCCAGAAUUUUCAGGAGAGGCAGCAGCUAGAAUUACAAAAGAGAUCUGUGAGUUGAUCCCUGGAGAUCAGGAGCACCUCACAGCCAGGAGAGAGAGAAGAGAUCAGCUGCUGAUGGGUCUGGCCAAGCUGAAGAAAUGAUGCAUGCUCUAUACGAUACUAUAGCUGAAUAGAUGGGUAUACUGUAAAUCAUCUGAGCCAAUGAUGUCUGGAGUACAACCUGGAAGAUCAACAUCAUUAUUCAUUAUUAAAAGAUGACUGUAACAAAACAUAACCUUUAAUGGUUUAAGGGAGUGAACAUGCAGUGAUUUUCAUGUAAUUAUAGGUAGAAUGUUGAGAAAGAUAUAUUAAGUAAUUUUUUUAAGUCUGUUUUUGCUACAAAUGUUUCAUUGAAACAACUGAAGCACUUUUUUCCUCAUGGUGUAAUAAAAAGGAAAAUGCAAACAAUUCACUAGUUGGCAUGUCCAUAUGGUCCACCCCGCCGGAAGGUUUGGCUCCAUGUAAUUUCCACCUUCCAGCAAACUUUACAGUGAUGACUGCUUCAUGUCACAAAGUACUUCAUGUAACUGCAAAUAGUACUUGAGCAAAAAUAGCUCAAGUACUAUUUUAAACAAGUAUUUAACUGAUACAGUAGACACAUUUAAAUAUUUAAUAAAAAAAAUUGACAGAAAAAACUCCCUCUGCUAAUGAAUGCAAAUGUAAAACCAUUACU